UCAAACUUGCGGCAGCGGCUGGGCGUGUGUGUUGUUUACUAUUCAGUUAUUUUCGUGUUUUUGUAACAGAAAGUGCUAUUAUAAAAAAAGAUGAGUCGAAAUUUUAGAGAUAGAGAAGAAUUCCAAAUGGAUACAAAGCCCUCACAGAGGACUGGAAGUCAGAAAUUUAGAUAUUUUUUCUACAACGGUGAUUCUGGUGAAAUUUUGGGACGAACGCCUGAAAGUUGGGGUAAAAUACUCAUCUUCUACACAAUCUUCUAUGCUGUACUGGCAGCCUUAUUUGCAGUCUGCAUGGUAACGUUUAUGCAGCACUUCAUCAACCCUCGAGUGCCUCGUCUGCAGCAGGAGUACAGCGUGAUUGGUACAAGCCCAGGAUUAGGGUUCCGGCCGCUGCCGGAAGAUGUUAGGAGCACCCUGAUCUGGUACAAGGGUACCGGCUACGAAAGCUAUAAGUACUGGGAAGAUCAGCUCAUUGAUUUCUUGUCUGUAUACAAAAAGAAGGGUCAGACGGCGGGCGCUGGACAAAACAUAUACAACUGCGACUUCACGAACCUGCCGCCUCCCGGCAAGGUCUGCGACGUGGACAUCAGGAGGCUGGACCCCUGCAUCGAUGAGAACCACUUCUCUUUCCACAAGUCAUCGCCUUGCAUCUUUCUGAAGUUGAAUAGGAUCUACGGCUGGCGACCUGAGUUCUACGAAGGUGUGAACGACUUACCGUCAGAUAUGCCCCUUGACUUGCAGAUGCACAUCAAGAACCUAACCACCUACAAUCCUAACUACGGUAAUAUGGUGUGGGUAUCAUGCCAGGGCGAGACUCCAGCAGACAAGGAGAACAUAGGUCCCAUCAGCUAUCUGCCCUUCCCUGGGUUCCCAGGGUACUUCUACCCGUAUGAGAAUGCUGAGGGGUACCUCAGUCCUCUCGUUGCUAUACAUUUGCAGAGACCUCGAACGGGUAUUCUGAUCAACAUAGAGUGUCGUGCCUGGGCGAGAAACAUCAAGUACGACCGGAGAGAACGUCUAGGCGUCGUGCACUUUGAGCUCAUGAUCCAAUAGUUACUAAAAAUCCGUCCAAACGUGUCUACUCGGCUCCAAGUCUGUUGUGCAGUAACCACCGUAAUGUUUUUUAGCAAUAUUAACAUAAUAAAUAAGAAAUAAAAGGAAAAACAUAAGUUUAUUGCAUUAUAGGCAAAAAUGGAAUGUAAUUAUUGCUGUAAGAGUAAAACAGGAUAUGAAAAUAACUGUGAAGUGAGUUGGCGUAUGCGUUAUUUUUAUGAGUCAAUUUAUACUCCCAAGACAAGUUGAUAUCCUUGAAAGAGAGAAAGUAGUUUCAAUUAAGCUGAAGUCUAUAAGAAAUAUUAGGCAGCUAUUUUAAAUUUGACAUUAAAGUUUUUAAAAAUAAAAAUUAAUAUUUCUGGUGGUCAUUGUACACAGUCUUUCCAGUAGACCGAGUAGACCAAAGCAAUUAGUUCAUUUUAUGUAUGUAGGCUAAAGUUUUUAUGCAAUAAGUGUGUGAGAUUUCGAUUUUGUAGCAUGGUCUUUUCAGUAGACCAACGAUAUUGACAUUUUUAUUCAUAUUUAUAUAUUUUCAAAGACAAUUUAUGCCAGAAUUCUUAUGCAAUUGACAUCUAAAAUUAAUAAUUGCUAUGUAUUUUAUAAGAAAAGACUUUAACUAGAAUCUCGAAGUAGCUUGAACAGUUGCUGUUCUUAGGUACUUACUGCUUUUAAAAGACCAGGUUUUAUGGAGCAAGCUACUAGAAACAUGGAGAUGAUUAUUGAUCAUAUUACUUAUUAUAGGUAUGCAAGAUCUCCAAUAUGAAUACUUUACAGUUAACUAUAUCAUCUUUUUAAAACCUAAUGUCAUCCGUCCAGUGACUUUUUGAUAUAUAAAUAUCUUCUAUAUGUAUAUUGUGUGUUGUACAGAAUUAUAUUUUGUGUGUUUAUUAAUAUUGUGAUUAAGACUACUAAAAGUAUAGAAGACUUAACACGCAUUUAGUUAUUUAGAUUGAUAUGGAACUGUUAGCGAAUCUCUCUUAUAACUGGCUUCAGCCUUCAACUGCGUAAGCGUAUAAAUAUUUAAAAAAAACCUAUGAACUAUUUACUCCGUCGAUCAUGAUUGUUCUAUAUUUUAUCAAACCAAUUACUGUUGGAUGCGAAACUAAUUAAGUUUAUGUAAUUUUUGUUUGAGAUAAUUGUUUACAGUGCAGCUUAAACAAUAGGGUAAAUGACAUGGUAUGGAAAUUAAAAAUCUACAUAGUCACGUAUAUUAGACACGUAUUUCAUUAUUUGGUCAUAUAAGGAAACAUUACUUAGAUAAAACGAAUUUAGGACUGGUAGGUCGCUACGUCUCUGCUCCCUAUGUAGUAUAUCGUGACGUCAUACGAUAUUUCAAAUCAAUGUAUCGCCGAAAGUAUUUAAUUCUGUAAGAAGACAAAUACGUGUCUAAUGUUUUAAAUUAAUCUGCCAGAUGGACUUGAAACUACUAUAUGAUGUCAAUAUUUUUUUUUUGGCAACUAUCGAAUUCUAUUUUCUAUUUCUUUUUUAUAUUAUUAUACACAUAUUUAACUAGUUUAUAUAGCCUGAAUAUUUAUGAAAGACUGAUGCUUUUUCAACAGCUUUUUAAACAAAAUAAUGACAAUUGUACCUUCUUAUUAUAUAUAGCUUAAGUUUUUAACAUUGUACUUAGUUUGUGUGCAGUAACUAACUUUUUUGUACGAAUUAACUUGAUUUUUACAGACUAUAUAUAAUUUUGUAAGAAAUGUUGCCUUGCCAAUCUGAAUUGGAAUUCAUUACAAAGCGAUAAGGUUUAUUUUUCAAUACUUUUUCUUAUUGUACAAGACUUUUGUAUAUAUUUGGUAGUAAAUGUUGCUUUGCCAACCUGAAUUUGUAUCUGUUACAAAGCAAUAAGAUUUAUUUUUCAGUUUGUUAUUAGAUAACUUAUUAUUAUUCUUAUUUGUGUUACAGGUUUUUGAUUUGGUAACGACCCGUCUCUUACACAUGUAUUAGUAGAUUUGGCUUCUAAAGAAGGCCCUAUGUACCUUAUUUUUUAAUUUGUGUACUUGAAAGUUUAUAAAAGUAAAGAUUUUGAGACAUUUUCCAUGCAGCUUAUAUCAAAAUUAGUAGCUCAAUCUACUGACAAAAAUAUGUUUUUGCACUGGAAUUCAGAAUUUUCAAUGAUUAUUUACAAUAAUUAUUUACAUUCCAUUGAUAAAAAUAUUAUGUAAACUAUACAAUUAUGUACCUUAUGCUAUACAAAAGACUCAUCUAUUUUACUAAUUUCAAAUAAAAGACAAAUACUUAAUACUUAAACGAAUCUCGUCAAUAUCUCCGUCCAGUAAAGAUAUUAUUAUUAUAUCGAUAGAAUGAAAUGGAAUAUUUCAUACAAUUGUAAACUGUAUGUUUAAGGCAAUAAAACGUAUAUUAGAGUGUAUGUAUUUCCAUAUCGAAGUGCCUGAAUUGUAAUUUUAAGGAAUAAAAUAAAAUUUUAGAAAUGAA